AGCAAAUCAUUGUCAUAUCUCAAAUAUAAGUGUUUAUAUACAGCAGAUACCCAUGAAAUAUUCUGACAAUGCGCCUUUUCCUUCUUUUAGGUAAGAUAGUAGUGCAAGGAAUUGAAAAUGGUUUCUAGCGACGGCCAUAGCAAUGGGGAUGCAGUGGGAUCGUCAACGGUGGGAGAUAUCAGUGCGCCACAGCAACUCUUCAUCGGCGGCGAGUAUGCGCCAAGCUCGGAUGGUGGUACAUUUCCGGUGUAUAACCCGAUGACGGGCGCGAAAUUGUAUGAUUGCGCAUCCGCGACUGAAGAUGACUACGAGCGAGCGAUCCAGUCGGCCGCCGUCGCACAAAAGACGUGGUCGCGCGUGGGGCCGUCCGCCAAGCGCAUGAUUUUCUUGCGCGCAGCGGAAAUCCUGGAGAAAUAUAUGGAGACUGAGGCGCCGGCACUCAUGUCGGCGGAGGUAUCUGGGACUCGAUUCUGGACCAAAGUCAACACCAUCUCGGGCGUGGACAACCUCCGUGAAACAGCUAGCUUGGCGACGCAGAUUAAAGGGGAGAUAUUGCCGACGGAUAAACCCGGCACGACAGUAUUGCUUGAGCGACAGCCUCUUGGCGUCGUUCUAGCAAUCAGCCCGUGGAAUGCUCCGGCAAGUUUGACGGUCCGCGCAAUCGCUACCCCGUUGAUUUGUGGAAAUACAGUUAUUGUAAAGCCCUCUGAGUUUUCGCCGAAGAAUCAGCAUCUCGUCGUUCGCGCGAUGAUAGAGGCGGGUGUACCAAAGGAGUGUCUCCAUUUCCUCCCUGUCUCGGCGGAGCGUACACCCGCGUUGACCGAGUUCGCCGUAAAGCAUCCCCUGAUCCGCCACGUCAACUUCACCGGCAGCGACCGUGUAGGACGCAUUAUCGCAGGUCAUGCCGCGACUUGUCUGAAACGAUGUGUGCUCGAGCUCGGCGGAAAAGCGCCCGUCAUUGUCCUUGAUGACGCAAAUCUCGAGGAUGCUGUCGAAGCGGUGGCAUUCGGGUCCUUUGCGAACGCGGGCCAGAUCUGCAUGUCGACAGAGCGCGUGCUACUCCACGAAUCCAUAGCCGAGUCCUUCAAAAAGGCAUUCUUGGCGCGCAUCGAGAGUGUCAAAGCAGGAAACCACGAAGAAGACCCUGACGUGUCCAUCUCCGGCUUGUUUACGCCUGCAUCAACAAAGCGCGUCCAGAAGCUUCUGAACGACGCCGUGUCCGCUGGCGCGAAACUGCUGUGCGGCGACGUGGCGGCCUCGGGGCCCAGGCUGACGAUUAUGGCGCCGCAUGUUUUAGAUGAUGUAACACCGAGUAUGGAAAUUUUCCAGCGUGAGAGCUUCGGGCCGCUUGUGUGUCUAACGACCUUUAAGACGGAUGAAGAGGCUAUUGAGCUCGCGAAUAACAGCGACUACAGUCUGAGCGCGGCAGUUUUCUCCAAGGACGUGAUGCGCGCUCUCGAGAUCGCGCGACAGGUUCGGGCGGGCAGCUGUCAUGUUAACAACCCCUCGGUAUACCUGCCCGCUGGCACCCCGAAUGGAGGUAUCGGCGGGAGCUCGGGGUACGGAAGAUUUGGGGGGAUGGCCGGUGUCCUGGAAUUCACCGAGAUCAAGAUUAUAAGUAUGGGGCCAUCCGGAGUGAAGUAUCCGAUUUGAAGGGCAUGAGUCUGUCUAUCACCGAGGUCGCAUCGGUUGCGGUUGGGCAAAAUUCAGGGGUAACUCCGACUGAAGAGCUAGCUGUAGCUGCAUCAGUAGCGUGAUAGGAUCAAAUGAAGUGAAUCAUAAGUAUAUGUAUCCGAGG